UACAAUUUCAGCAUCGAAAGUGAAACAAGCAACCGCAUUUUCUCCGAACUCAAUGUUUGUGUUUCUCUAGAAUCUUAGUUUCCCCACCUCGUCCCUUCCGCCCGAUACAAAACAAAACCCAAAACCUCAAAAUUCCCAGAUAGCAUCAACCAUUGAAGCUUUUGGUUCUCCGCUCCACGGCGUCGUUGCAACACUUGCAGAAGGAAUCGGGUUUGUCCGAAAAUCAUAAUUGGCGAAUGAUUUUGUUUGUCGCUUGACUUGGCGCACCGGAAGCUAGCGGCUAGCCUGUUCCAUAUAAGGGGUGGGAAAAUUUUGGGGAAGAGGAAGAGAGUUUGGUAAAAGUGCCUGAAGAUGAGCCAGUCGGAUCAAGGGAACACCCCUGAUGGCUCGUCAAGUAUCCCCAUGAAGCGAAAACGUGGCCGUCCACGAAAAUAUCCCAAACUAGAUCUGGAAGAGAAUGUUUAUGUGAGAAAUGCUCCAAAUCUGAACUCGGGGGAAAAUGCUGGUACUGGUGUUCCUUCUGCUCCUCCUGGAUUUCUAGGGAGGAAAGGAUACCAGCCACAUCAUGGAGCUCCCAGUAAUGGUGCAGCCAAUGUCAUGGUCGGAACAGUUGUUUCUGGUGUCAUUGAUGCAACAUUUGAUGGAGGAUAUCUACUUAGUGUUAGGGUUGGCAACUCUGCCACCACUAUGAGGGGUGUUAUCUUCAAGCCUGGACAUUACGUUCCUGUUUCAGCAGAGAAUGACGUGGCCCCAGAUGUUCAAAUGAUGAGGCGAAAUGUGAUUCCAAUUCCAGCUGAGAUCUCUCAUUUCCAUGGUUCGAGCCCUCGUUCUAGAGAUGCCAUUCGAUCUGUUAAUCAUGUAGCAUCAAAACGCAAACAUAUGGUUCCAGUGGCACCCCAAACUGCUAGCCCACUACUGUCCAGAGGCAACUUGUUGCCUGUUAUACUGCAACCUCGAAAUUUAUCUGAAGGGGUACCACUCACUGGUUUAUCAAAUUCUGUUGCACCAGGUGCUCCUCCUACCAAUGGGCCAAUGCGCACCAUCUGGAUGCCACUCGCCAAUGAAGUUGUAAACCAAUCUUCAGAUCUGGUAACUUCAAAAGUUAAGCAGGUUCCAUCAGUUCCUCCAUCAAAUGGGUCGAUAUCUACCAACCAGAUUCCAAGGGUUGGAAAUCAAUCGUUGGUCUUCGAGGGUGGACACAAUGAGAAUGGUACUUGUAAUCAACCAUCAACAGAGAGGCUGAAGGCAGAAGCCAAAUCACCGAGACUCCCAAAUAUACCUUUUGAAAAAUUGGUUACCGAGGUAGUUACGACGAUUGAUACACCCUCACAAGCCCCCUCACAUUCAACUGAGAUGAACAUUGAGGGGAGCAAGUCAACUGGCGGUGAGCUGGAGAACGAUAUGGAUCAGCCUUUAGUGAUUGAGCCUCUGCAAGCCAUACAGCCUAAAGACUACUCUAUACCACAUUCAAAACCCCCGGAGGAUGAUAGAAAUGGAAAAAUGUCUGAGCUGUUGCAGGUUUUGCAGGAAAGCAUGAGGGAAAGCGAGUCAACCACAGAUUCGAAAGCGAAGAUGGAUGAACCAAGCUAGACUGUGUUCGGAAAUGAAGAAUCCGAUGUUUCAAGAAAACCUUCCGAGGCAUGAAAUGUUUAAUUUUAUGGUUGCCACCUUGUAUGGAUAUUGUGUACAUGCUUUGGUGAUGGACAUCAAGUCUUUGCAUGAUGUGGUAAUCAUACCUGUAUGUGGAGUGAUUGUGUUUUUAAACAAAGCAUGUUGGAUAUUAAGUACAUAGAAGGUUGUUUUCUUAAAAUAGUUGCAGUGGAAGGUUCGUCUUUACCCA